GUUCACAAAAAAAUCAAAGCCUAAAUGGAUGGGGAAAUCAAUAACUUGGUCAAGCUAUGGCUGUCAAUUCUAGCAUCUCUUUUUUAUUGCUAUUUUUUAGCUUCAAAGAUCCCCAAAGGUAAGUUUAGGCUCAUUUCUCUUCUGCCAAUCUUCAUCCUUUUCACUGCCCUCCCUCUAUACCUCUCAUAUGUCUUCCCAAUAGGCCUAAUAGCUUUGCUAUUCUCUUGGUUAGGUAACUUCAAGCUCCUCCUUUUUGCCUUUGAUAAAGGACCACUUUCAACUCACUCAUCUAAUUCCCUAAUUCAUUUUAUCUUCAUAGCUUCUCUCCCUAUAAAAAUAAAGGAAAAUGAGAAAUACCCAUUUCUCAAAAGCCCCGAUAUACAUCAAAAUUCAUCUAAAAAACAUCCCAAAUUGCCUCUAAAUUGGCCAACCAAAGUAUUGCUUUUUGCCAUAUUGGUGAGUGCACAUGAUUAUAAACAAACUCUGCACCCAAAUAUUGUAUUGCUUCUAUACAGUUGCAUGGUGUAUUUAUUGAUAGACAUAAUUUUUGGUAUAUUUAAUGGUCUAGUACAUGCCACAUCGGGGUUGGAGCUCGAACCGCCAUCCGAUGAACCUUAUCUUUCAACAUCGUUGCAAGAUUUUUGGGGUAGGAGAUGGAACCUCAUGGUAACAUAUCUUCUACGCCACACCGUAUACAAACCCGCUCGGUCAUUUUUUGACAACAUGUUAGGCUCCAAGUGGGCUCCACUUGCGGCGGUGCUGGCGGCUUUCAUUGUCUCUGGGCUAAUGCAUGAGCUCGUGUUCUACUACGUCACACGUGUGAGUCCCACGUGGGAGGUAACAUGGUACUUCGUUUUGCAUGGGGCAUGUGUGGUUGUAGAGUUUGGUGUCAAAAGAGUGUUUUCCGGCAAGGCUCAGCUGCAUUGGGCGGUGUCAACACCAUUAACAGUCGGGUUCGUGGUGGCUACCGCUAUGUGGCUAUUUUUCCCGCCGGUGUUGAGGACUGGUGCUGUCGAGAAAGCCAUUGAAGAGUGCAAGGUCUUGUUGGAUUUUGCCAAGGUUUUAUGGAAAGUGAAUUCUUUUUGGUAAUAGAAAAGAUUUAUUUUACUGAAAAUGCAAGAUAUGAAAGAGGGGUGAAAUAUUGGAUUUUUACUAAUUCAAUAAAAUCUGUUGACUUUUUCUAUCAAUCUGCCUUGCAACAAAUACAAACUUCUGUCUAACAGCAUUUGCCCAGAAUCAUGGUUAUUUAUUGAUUUAUUAAAAUAUGGGUAUUU